ACCCGAAUCGAGCUGAUUUGUUUCAAAAAAGAAUUUAGGGUUUUUUUUUUUCAACACUCUUCUUCCCAAUUCUCAAAAGUCCUCUGAAAAUGUUUCUUAAAACUUCACUUGUUUCUUCAAAAUCAUCUUUCAAUGUUAGAUUUUCAUCUUCAUCUAUUCUUUCUUCAGUUUCCCAAAAUCAACACACAAAAUCACCACCCAAACACAUCUCCACUCUUAAGCACCAUUCUCAACUUUAUAAUUUCCUUCGUGUAAACUGCAGGUCAGGUAACUUUUCUCUUGAUGAAGCUUUUGAUUCCUUCAAUUAUAUGAUUCAUAUGCACCCAAUUCCUGCUAUGUCUUCCUUCAGUAUUUUGUUUUCUGCACUUGUUAAGAAAAAACAUUUUGAUCAACUUCUUGUGAUGUACACGAGAUUCAUUUCAGCUGGGUUGUUGCCGGAUUUCUUUAUUUUGAAUAUUUUAAUUGAUUGCUUAAGAAAAAUGGCACGCGAUUCUGAUGGUUUUGUAGUUCUUGGGAGUAUUUUUAGGAGGGGUUUUUACCCAAACGCUUUGACUUUUAACAAUCUGAUUAAUGGUCUUUGUAUGGCGGGCAAGAUUAAGAAGGCCAUUGAAUUUUUUAGGAAAAUGGUUUCGGUUGGUUGUAGACCGGAUGUGGUUACAGUUGGGACUUUGAUUACUGGGUUGUGUAGAACUGGUAAUGUCACUGUUGCCCUUCAGUUGUUUGAAGAAAUGAAUAACGGGAAUGGUGAAUUUGGUGUCAUUUGUAAGCCUGAUAUUGUUUGCUAUACUACAAUUAUUGAUGGUCUUUGCAAAUAUGGGUUAGUAGACAAGGCAAAGAAACUGUUUUCAGUAAUGAAGACCAAGGGCAUUAAUCCAGACGUGAUUACUUACACCACUCUAAUUUAUGGUUUGUGUAAUACAUCUAAUUGGGAGGAGGCUAAAACUUUGUUUAUAGAGAUGUUGGAGGAAGGUGUAAAACCUAAUGUGGUGACAUUUAACGUGGUAAUUGAUAAGUUCUGUAUCAAUGGAAAGAUGGACGAAGCCAAUGGGUUGUUCCAACUAAUGAUUAAUAGAGGUGUUAGUCCCAACACAAGAACUUAUAACAGAUUUUUGAGUGGUUUUUGCUUGGCAGGUCAAAUUGAUGAUGCUAGAAGGCUAUUUGAUUCCAUGGCAAGUGUGGGGUGUAAGCCUGAUGUUUUUAGCUACAAUAUUUUGAUGGAGGGUUUAUGCUUGACAAAUAAAAUUGAUGAUGCCAAGGAACUUUUAGCCUCAAUGUUGAGUAUGGGAUGCACACCUGAUGUAGUUAGCUACAAUACUCUGAUCAAUUGGUAUUGCAAGAAUCGAAAAAUUGAUGAAGCCUUGAAUCUUUAUGAGGAAAUGACUUCCGUGGGAGUUAGGCCAAAUGUUUUUGCUUAUAAUACCUUGCUAUCUGGGCUUUUUAGGAACGGUAAUGUCAGACAUGCAAAAAUGCUAUUUGGUAAGAUGCAACUUAGUAAUUUGCCUCCCGACUUAUUUACGUAUAGUAUUCUUAUUGAUGGUUAUUGCAAAAAUGGUUGUGUUUUGGAGGCUGUUGAACUGUACUACACUUUAAUAAAUCGAAACAUUCAACCUGACAUCACAACUUUCAAUUGUCUCAUUAAUGGGUUGUGCAAAACAGGGAGACUCAAUAUUGCUUGGGAAAUGUUCAAUGGAUUUUGUAAGGAAGGAAAGUUAGAAAUGGCAAGUAAAUGUUUCUCAGAUAUGGAGCAAAAUGGUGUUGCGCCAGAUUUGGUCACUUUCAAUAUGCUUAUGUCUGGUUUCUUGCAGAAUAAUGAGACUUUAAAAGUGGUGGAACUUCUUCACAAAAUGAAAGAGAGAAAUGUGAAACCAGAUGCAUCCAUAGGUUCAAUAAUAUUAGAUUUACUGGGAAAGCAUGAAGAUUAUCGUGAAGUCCUGAAUUUGCUACCAUCCUUUUCAACCCAAGAACCAACAGGAUGUUGAUUGUUGAGUAAGUGCAUUUUCCAGGGGAGUGUAGCUUAUCAAGAGAGCCCUGGCAAACGUUGAAGUUUCCAUGUAAAGUUGUGUGCCACCAUUGUAGUGGUGAUUGUAUUUAUGUGAAUCCAUUAAUAAAGAAGUCAUAUAAUUGAAGUUAUAGAUUUUGUCUUCGUCUCUGUUGAUUUGGCUUGACUACCAAGUUGCUAUAUUAGUAUACAUCUUUGUUUCUGACAGUUGCCUAUUUUUGUUUUCAAAGGAAAAUACUGACAAAGAUGCUCGUAAGGGUGUUGAUGGUUUAGCACCUAAGGCCACUGAUCAAAGUGAUGCUAUUGAGAAAUGGUAUGAUCAUGAAUGUCUCAUCUGUGUACUCUUAGUGCUACUUGUAAUAUACAUACAUAAAUAUAGUCUCUACAUUUGUUCGUUUUUACCAAUCAAUGUUAGUAGGAAUCUUUAUUUCUUUGGAAAGAUGAAUCCCCUUGAUGAAGUCUCUAGUAAGAAGUUGGUGGUAGCUGAUGCUAAGUUGAACCUCGAUGAUGGUGCUGCCUUCCUGGUAGAAGGGAAUCUCUCUUGUGAUCCAUCACUAGAGGGUCCUUGAGAGGUUUCGAUACAUUUACUUCUCGAUUUAUUGUUUACGUGGAAUAAUUAUUCUUAAUAGUAACUGCCAAACAAGUACACGAAGAUUCAAGUCUGGUUAGUGAUUAAGAGAGUUGUGGUGCUUUUUGGAUA